CUUAAAAUUUCCGUUGACGAGAGAGAGAGAGAGAGAGAGACAAAAGAGCCCACCCUUUGUGUUCCAAAUUCUUGUCUCCAGAAAAUCACGAAACUUUGGUUUUGUUUUGUUGUCUUAAUCGUUUUACUUUCCUUGAAUUAUUGGUUUAAAUUUUUUAAAAAAUUUCAAAUCUUUACCCUUUUGGACUCACAUGGCGACUGAAACCCUAGAAGAGACGACGACGCCGGAAGUCAAAUCUCCGGCGAAGGAUGAAAUUGGUGCUGGUGAUGGUCCCAAGGAGAGAGAAGAAGACGAGGAUGGAUCGAAGGGAGGAAAAUUGGAAGAUAAAGAUGAAGAAGAAGGGAAUGUGAGUAAGAACUCAUCGGUGACUCAGAGUAGUAGUGAGAGGCCAACGAGGGAGAGGAAGAAGGUUGAGCGUUUCUCGUUGCCUUCUCCUACGCGUGCUAUACCGAACAAGUCCGUUUCUAUUGAAAAGGGUCUUGGAACACCACUCAGGGAGAUUCCUAAUGUGGCUCAUCAACUAUCCAAGAGAAAAGCUGACGGCAACCUGAUCUUACUACACACCAUCCUGUAUGGGAAGAAAGCAAAGGCACAGAUGAUUAAGAAAAAUAUUAGUCAAUUUUCUGGCUUUGUCUGGUCAGAGGAAGAGGAAGAGAAGCAAAGAGCAAAAGUAAAGGAGAAACUUGACAAAUGCAUAAAAGAAAAACUAAUCUUCUUCUGUGAUGUACUUGACAUACCUAUUAACAGAAGCCACAUUAAAAAAGUAAAAGUAGCUUUCAAAGUGCUUGAGUUUUUGGAAUCUCCCAAAGCAACAAGAGAUGUUAUACUUGCUGAUCAAGAAAAGGAAGCCAAAGAGCGCAAGAGCACACAGAAAAAGAGGAAAUCUGGAGAAUCUUCAGAUACUCCAGCCAAGAGGAAAAGACAAGCUAAAAAGGGAGACCAUCCAUCUGACAAAGAAGUAGGCAAGGAUGAAGGGGAUUCUGAUUCUGAAGACAGUAAGGAUACUCAUGAGGAAGAUGUUACAGCACCAGAAGAAGAAGAUUGUGACCAUGAGAAAACAGAAACUGAAGAGGAGAGAGACGAAGCAGAAGAUGAGAAGAAGCCAUCUGAUAAGAAAACAUCAUCCAAAAAGAUUAGCUCAGGGACCAAAGACUCUAAAAAAUCUGCUGAAAAGUCAUCCAAAAGAGUUGCAAAGCCAACUUCAUCCCCAGCCAAGAAGCAAAAAGUUGAUCAUGAUGAUGAGUCUUCUAAAGAGAAAAGCAAGAGACAGUUGAUUAAGCCACAAGCGAAGGGAUCUAAAGAGAAAGGAAAAGCCAGUAAGAAAGGCAAGGCAGAGCCCACAAGAGAAGAGAUGCUUGAAGUGGUGACCAAAAUGCUGAAGGAAGUAGACUUCAACACGGCGACAUUGUCAGAUAUUCUACAGAAGCUAAGCGACCACUUCGGUGUGGAUCUCUUGCAUAGAAAAAAAGAGGUGAAGGGUGUUAUCACGGAUGCAAUUAGUGAAAUGUCAGAUGUAGAAGAUGAAGAAUCUGAGGCUGGAAGUGAGAAGGAGAAGGAAGAAGAGGUGAAAGCUGAGGCUGGAAGUGACAAAGAGAAGGAAGGAGAAGAGGAAAAGCUAGAGGAUUAAGGUUUAGUGAGUUUCUUCGCUCAAGGUUGAUAUGAUGUGAAGAGAAUCAGAACUGACCAAACAAUGUGUAAGUGAUUAAUUAGAGAGUGUUGAUUCAGUGACAGUGUAAUCUUUCUAUUACAUGUAGUUUUAGUGACAUGUAGCUCUUCUGUGUUGUUUAGUUUAAGUUAUCUUCGUAAGUUUCUGUUAAUUCUGUUUUCUAUUAAUGGUCAAA